AUGAUAUUUGAUCUGGCGAGAGUGAGAUUAAGGAACGCCACUGGGAGGGACGUUAUCCCGGCGACUCCUUUGUUUCGGAUCUCAUUGUUGUCCCGUCCUCAGAGCACUCGCCAAACAAAAGCAAGAGUGCCGAGAACCGUCCCAUUGUGCAGUUCCUUUCUUCCGCUCCCCUCCUCCUCUCAUAAUAAUGCUGUUUCUUACACCGCCCAGUCAGCCUAUAAUCGCCCCCUCCUAAACACCUGUACCGUUCCUCAGUCGCCGCUUAUAGUUUCUUAUCUUCCAUGCCUCCUGGUCUUCGGCCCUAUUAGCCGAUCUACUGACGAGCCUCUCGUCACCUCGACCAGCUCUCUCGCCUUAACAAGCCUCCGCUCUUAG